AUGAGACACUCGGAUUCGAGGUUCGGGUUGGAAGCUUGGAACUCAUGUAAUGAAGUUGGAGUCGAGGCUCCGGGCAUGGGCAGCCCAAGAAUUGCCGAUUGUGCCGACCUUAAUUGUUCACCUCAUACAGAUAAUUCGAGCAGCACAUGCAAAAUAAACCAGAGAGUCAGUGAUUCAGACAACAGACUGAAAUCAGGCAAUAAAAUCCCGAACAACGAAUUUAAUUCUUACACAGAUCCCGACAAGUACGCCGCGCAAAAAGAGUUGUACCUCGGGUCUCUCUGUGAAGCGUCCGAUUCCAACGGUUCCUGGUCUUUCUGGACCGUAAUGCUGAAAAACGGCAAUCUCGACAAAAACGCCACAUUCUGCCCUGAGAAUGGGAAAAAGGUCAAUAAGACUGUGACGAGCAUAAAUUUCCCGUGUUUCGGGCCAGGAUGCAUGAAUCAACCCCUCGUCUACCGUAACGGGUCAAAACCCGUUUAUGACCACAACAAAAACGCGUCCUUAGUCGGGGGUUUUUACGGGACUUACGAUCUCGAUGUGGAUUUGAGUGCAGCCGAGCGAAAUUCAAAUAACCGCUCGUUUUUCGCAGUCACGUGGAGCAAGAACUCGAGCACAAACAGCUGGAUAGUGUAUCACAAACUGACAAUUUCCGCCAAAUACCCUUGGCUCAUGCUGUAUCUUAGAUCAGACGCAUCUAAAGGAUUAAACGGCGGGUAUCAUUAUAACGGGACUGGCAUCAUGAAAACGCUGCCCGAAACCCCGAACUUCAAGGUCAGACUAACGUUAGACAUCAAACAAGGCGGAGGGCCAAGCAGUCAAUUCUACCUGCUCGACAUCGGGAGCUGCUGGAAAAACGACGGCAAACCGUGCGAUGGGGAUGUCCUAACGGACGUAACCCGAUACAGUGAGAUGAUCAUCAACCCCUCCACCGGGAGCUCGUGUGGGCCCACCAAUCUUGCUGCUUGCCCACCUUACCAUAACAGUACCAAAGGAGAAAUUAUACCAAGAAAUGACACAGCCCGUUUUCCUUACUCGGCUUAUCAUUACUAUUGUGCUCCGGGGAAUGCAAAGUACCUGGAAAAACCAUCCGGCACAUGCGACCCGUUUAGCAACCCGCAGGCCCAAGAAUUGGUCCAGCUCCUGCCCCAUUCCGAGUGGGCCGUGCAUGGGUACCCUGCGGAAAAGGGGGAUGGGUGGGUUAGUGGCCCAAAGACUUGGGAGCUCGAUACAGGAGCCCUUUCGAGCCGGUUAUAUUUCUAUCAGGAUCCAGGAACCCCACCAGCAAAACGCGUAUGGUUAUCGAUUAAUGUCGGUACGGAGAUGUACAUGGGCCCACCCGGAGCCACAGCCGAAUGGACUGUCAGUGAUUUCGACGUUUUAGUUCCGAAAUCCAUCGAGCACUGA